AUGUGUGGAGCUGAUGGAUUAACAGUGACUUUGAAAGAUGGCACACGGCUGUCCUGUUUGCAAUCAGGAAUGAGGGGACAGUGGCUGUUAUCAGAGGAUUGUGAACGCACCGCACAGAUUUACUGGGCGCGACUGACCACAUCAGAUGGAAUUCUGGCACAGUACCAACUCUGGCGUCCCUGGAUAAUGUCCAUGUCUGUUUAUUCACCCCCGCGUGACCCCUACCACGUGACCUUGUUUUAUGAUCGCGAGCAUACUGAGUGGUUUGAGGAUCUAUUUUAUGAGUGUUUAGAUGAGAAAGCUUGGGAGCUUAACUCUCAGGACAUCUAUGUUGGUUCAGCUGGAGUGGCAGCGUUUGUUGCGCUCCCUGAGCAUCAAAUGAGUUGGUAUAGAAUGGGAGAUGAAGCAGUUCCCCACGUGUCGUUGGCAAUACAUGAGGGUCAUCAAGCAAAAGAUUUAGGCCCAAUGGUGAGAGCAGCCAUAAGGGCCACAGAUUGGCAGCAAACACAACUCACGGAUGUCUCAUACUCACCCAGUUGUAAAACGUAUCGGAUUUCUGUGACAGCCACUGAUCAGAGUGUUUUAGAACACAAACACUUAAAGCGAACACAUGGUAGGGAGAAAUCAGACCAUGAGGAAGCUGUUAAAGGCUUAGCUGAACUCCCUGACACUCUGUGGUCUAAAGGUCCCACUGAUGUGGGUUUGACAUUUUGUUCACCCAUUACGUUUGAGUUAAAAGAUGACACCCCUAUUUGGCGUUCACAAUACAGACACAGUCCAGAGGCAGAAAAUGGGAUUGCAGAAACAAUUUCAGGGCUUUUGCAGGUGGGUGUGCUGGAGCCGUCUUCCUCUGCAUGGAAUACUCCAAUUCUCCCAGUUGAAAAAUGAGGCACGGGCAAGUAUCGCAUGGCACAUGACCUUAGGGCAAUAAACGCUGUCCUUAAGACACCAACAGUACCUGUACCAAAUCCCUACACAGCUUUGACUAAUUUAUCUCCAGAUCAGCGGUGGUUCACAUGCAUAGAUUUGGCAAAUGCUUUCUUUUGUCUCCCUCUGCAUCCAUCUUUGAGAGAUAUUUUUUCAUUUACUUACAGGGGCCAGCAGCUGCGUUACACACGGUUGCCUCAGGGCUUUGCCCUUUCACCUGGGAUUUUUAAUCAGGUACUGAAACAUGCUCUCUCUCCAUGUGUAUUGCCUGAAGGAUGCACACUGAUCCAGUAUGUGGACGAUUUGCUGAUUGCUGCUAAAACAGCUGAUGCUUGCUUUCAAGCGACAAUGACCGUGCUUCGUCAGCUGGCCAAAACAGGCUUUAAAGUAAGUAGAGACAAACUUCAACUUGUCAGAACUGAAGUUACAUUUCUAGGUCGUGUGGUGGCGAUGCAGACGGUGGGCAUGUUGGCAUCCCAAAGGGAAACAAUUAUGUCACACCCCCAGCCACGUACUGUUAAAGAAAUGUUGUCAUUUCUUGGACUUACAGGUUACAGUAGACACUACAUUCCUGAUUAUGUGGGCAAAACCAAACCUUUGCGGGAUUUGGUGAAAGAACACAGUAUGAGAGACCUCACAGCUAAUCUGAACUGGACCACUGAAGCUGAAAUGCAGUUCAUAGAGCUGAAACAGGCCCUGUCUCGUGCAGCAGAUCUGGCAAUCCCCGAUUAUAACUCUGAUUUCUUUGUUGAUGUUUCUGAAACAAAUGGAGUGGUGAAUGGAGUUUUGUUUCAGAAAAAAGGGGGAAAGAGACGAGUGCUGAUGUAUAUCAGCAUUGGCCUGGAUAAUAUGGAAAAAGGCACCCACGUGCACACAGCAUGCAGCGGGGUAGCAAAAAUAAUUCAGAAAGUGGCCCACGUUGUGAGAGGACACCCACUGAAAGUGCUAACAACACACAGUGUGGUGGCCUAUGUGAACUCACAGGCAUUCACAAUGACCCCACUGAGACAACAGAGACUGACUAAGAUUCUGGAGUCUCCAAAUUUGACCUUCACACAUGAAGGGAUCAACAUGGCAGACCAGAUGGGAGGGGGGACACCUCAUGACUGUGCACAAAUAGUAGAGGUUGAGGAGAAAGUAAGGUCAGAUCUGAGAGCAGAACCGGUGAAUGAGGCAGAUGAUUAUUUCACAGACGGGUGUUGUUAUAGGGAUCCCAGUGAAGGAUUGAAAACAGGUUAUGCAGUGGUAAGAAGAGUCGGAAAUCAGCUGCAUGUGGAGAAAUCAGGGACACUGGAAGGCCCUCAAUCAGCACAGAGAGCAGAGCUUAUUGCAGUGAUAGAAGCUCUAAGAUUAGGAAAAGGAAAAAGAGUUAACAUUUAUACAGACUCAGCAUAUGUGUUUGGAGCAGCACAUGUGGAACUGGGGCAAUGGAGGAGGGCUGGAUUCAGAACAGCCUCAAAUAAACCAAUCAAACACGAGGCGGAGAUGAGACAGCUGGAGGACGCGCUGAAAGAACCUUUGGAGGUGGCCAUCAUAAAGUGUAAAGGGCAUAACGAUUUCAACACUUGGGUGGCAAAAGGAAACAGAGCAGCUGACGAAGAAGCAAAACGGGUGGCAGGUUAUCAAGAAGGAAAACAAAUGGUAGGUAUGGGUAGGGAAUGGGGAAACCUGCCAGCCCAACAGCGAGAGGACAUUGAAAAGGCGCAAAAAAGAGCCUCGCCUGAGGAAAAGGCGGUGUGGCAGGAGAGAGGGGCCGUACAAUCAGAAGGAUUGUGGAGAGGACCCGACGGGCGGCCAGUACUCACAGCAGAAAUGGCCCAGGAGAAAAUUAAAGAAGCUCAUGGGUUAGGACAUGUAGGAGUGGCCCAAAUGGAGAGGGACUUGUGUCAUUGGUGGCAUCCCUACAUGAAAAACAUGGUAAGGGAACACGUGAGAACAUGCCUGAUCUGUGGACAAUAUAAUCCAAAGCCCACUGUGAAACCAGAAAUGGGUAAGUUUCCUUUGCCAGAAAGACCAGGCCAGGAAAUUGUGAUUGAUUAUACUGACAUGAUAACUACCGUUCGAGGGUUUAGAUAUCUGUUGGUGUGUGUGGAUGCUCUGACCGGCUGGCCAGAGGCGUGGCCAACACGCAGAGAAGACAGUAAAACAGUGAUCAAAUGUCUGGUGAAUUAUUAUGUUCCCUGGCAUGGAUUUCCAGAGAAGGUAAGAUCAGAUAAUGGCACUCACUUUAAAAAUCGUGAUCUCGCUGAGGUGGAAUGUAUGUUGGGGUUGCAACAUAGAUAUGGUACAGUUUACCAUCCACAGUCUAAGGGAAAAGUGGAGAGAAUGAACCAAAAUCUUAAAAACAAAUUGGCAAAAAUCUGUGCACAGACAAACAUGAGUUGGGUUGAUGCUCUUCCCAUAGCACUUAUGAGUGUGAGGUGCUCCGUUAACCAGAGCACCGGAUUUACUCCAUAUGAGCUGCUGACGGGGAGACAGUUUCCUGGCCCUGCAGCAGGUGUAAGAGAAUUAAGAGAGGAGGCAAAUGUGUCUGAACAUGUGAAACAGUUUAAAGCACUAAAAGCUCUUGUCUCUAGUUUCACUACGCAGGUGGGAGACCCGACCGGGAAGGAGGUGACCAUGCCGGAGGUGAAGUGGGUGUGGCUGAAGGUGUAUAAGCGGAAGUGGGACGAGCCGAGGUGGACAGGACCUUUCGAGGUGACCACUCGAACCUCUCAUGCGGUCCAGCUGAGAGGCAAGGGCGACACUUGGUAUCACUGGAGCCAGUGUGCGGCGGCAGAGGAGCCUAGGCGAUCGGAGAGGCUCUUAGUGAAAAAGGGGGACACGGCCGUGACCCCAAAACACGCAGAUCUUACUAAAGAAGGGGCAGAAUAA